GGAGACAGUCUGAGUUAAAACAUGAAGCUUUUUGGUACUAGGGUUUUGCCACUGUUGGUGUUUAUGUUGGUCAUGACAGGUUUGGUGGAGCAAGGCAAGGGCAACACUUGUCCAAGCACCUUCUUCUCAGCCCUUGUUCAGCUGAUACCUUGCAGGGCAGCAGUUGCUCCUUUUAGCCCCGUCCCUCCAAGUGAGGCCUGCUGCAAUGCCCUCAAAGUUCUAGGCCAGCCUUGUCUGUGUGUACUUGUCAAUGGACCUCCCAUAUCUGGUGUGGACAGGAACAUGGCUUUGCAACUCCCUGAGAAGUGCACUGCCAACUUCGAACCAUGUGAAAUCAUGAAGUAGCAUACAAGCCUAGACCUUAGGGGGGUUCUAUGAAUAAGUGUUUUAGAGGUUUAGGAGUCUUUUGGUAGUAUAUUAUCUGAUUCUGAUCAUAAUAAGAGGAUAUAUGUUGGGAUUAUGUACCAAAUCUU